GUCGCCAGGGCAUUUGGGCGAGCGGGGAUCCUGAGCGAGGGACCUGAGCGCCGACGCGCCCAGCAGGAGCCGGCGCACCGAAGAGGGACGGCUCGCCCCCUCCCUCUCGGGCGCACGUUGGCGUGGUCCCCCGAAUCCCCCUGCCAGGUGGCUGUUUCCCCUCUCUCUCCUGUCGGGGGGCCGGCCAGCCCGCCCGCCCGCCUGCCUCCCUUCCCUUCCGUGCCACAAUGGACUCUCCCAUCAUUCCGCGAGCUUCUCAGGGGCUGCAGCGCUGAUGCUUCAGGUCCCCUCCUGCACCUCCUUGCCGCAUCCUUCACAGGCGAGCGCUUGAGCGGAGCUUGGGUACCACAGGAGGGCCCUGCAGGGAACGGAGCAGCUUCCUUCGCCGGCCGGUCCUCAGACCCUCAGGCACAAGCUUGGACUAAAGCGGAUGGGUUGUGGCUCACCACCCUUCCGGAGUGGUCUGUCUCGGUCUUCCGCUGCCUCCUGGAAGGCCGCAGCCUAGGUGGGCAGCUCGAGGAAGCGGUCCCUGGCACCAGGCCUCUCCCGCAGGAGGAGCUGUCCACCCUCCCCAGUGCUGAAGCCUGCAGUCCCGUCUGACGGUGUCGUGAGCCGGGCAGCAGCGAUGGAUGAAGGCUUCAGAGACCGGACCGCCUUCAUCCGUGGAGCCAAAGACAUUGCAAAGGAAGUGAAAAGGCACGCGGCUAAGAAAGUCGGCAAGGGGGUGGACCGGGUUCAAGACGAGUACACCAAGCGCUCCUACGCCCGCUUUGAGGAGGACGACGACGAGGAUGACUACCAGCCCCAAGAUGGCUACUACCGCGGGGAGCCCUCGGCCGACGACGAGGGAGCCUCCAGCGAUGCCACGGAGGGCCACGACGAAGACGACGAGAUCUACGAGGGCGAGUACCAGGGCAUCCCCCGGAACGACUCCCUCAAAGGUGGGGACCGCGUCACGGCCAGCCAGGAGGCCGUGAGCGAGUUCAGGGACUUCAGCGACCUGGACGGGGAGAGGCGGAAGGAGAAGGAGGAGCUGGCCCAGCAGUACGAGCUGAUCCUGCAGGAGUGUGGGCACGGGCGGUUCCAGUGGACACUGUACUUCGUGCUCGGACUGGCCCUCAUGGCCGACGGGGUGGAGAUCUUUGUGGUGGGCUUCGUCCUGCCCAGCGCCGAGAAGGACAUGUGCUUGUCCGACUCCAACAAGGGCAUGCUGGGCCUCAUCGUCUACCUGGGAAUGAUGGUCGGAGCGUUCCUGUGGGGCAGCCUGGCGGACCGGCUGGGGCGCAGGCAGUGCCUCCUGAUGUCCCUCUCCGUCAACAGCGUCUUCGCCUUCUUCUCGUCCUUCGUCCAGGGUUACGGCACGUUCCUCUUCUGCCGGCUGCUCUCUGGCAUGGGCAUCGGAGGCUCGAUCCCCAUUGUUUUCUCCUACUACUCAGAGUUCCUGGCCCAGGAGAAGCGUGGGGAGCACCUCAGCUGGCUGUGCAUGUUCUGGAUGAUCGGGGGCAUCUACGCAUCCGCCAUGGCCUGGGCAAUCAUCCCCCACUACGGAUGGAGCUUCCAGAUGGGCUCUGCCUACCAGUUCCACAGCUGGCGCGUCUUCGUCCUGGUGUGCGCCUUUCCCUCCGUCUUCGCCAUCGGCGCCCUCACCACCAUGCCGGAGAGCCCUCGCUUCUUCCUGGAGAACGGGAAGCACGACGAGGCCUGGAUGGUGCUGAAGCAGGUCCAUGACACCAACAUGCGGGCCAAGGGCCACCCCGAACGGGUCUUCUCGGUGACCCAUAUUAAGACGAUCAAACAGGAGGAUGAACUGGUCGAGAUCCAGUCUGAUACAGGCACCUGGUACCGGCGCUGGAUGGUCCGCUUCCUGAACCUUACGCAGCAGGUCGGGGCGAAUUUCCACCAGUGCUUUGCUCCUGAAUAUCGCCGGGUGACGCUGAUGAUGAUGGCCGUCUGGUUCACCAUGUCCUUCAGCUACUACGGGCUGACAGUCUGGUUCCCAGACAUGAUCAAGCACCUGCAGAGCACGGAGUACGCCUCCCGCACGAAGGUCUUCCAGAACGAGCAUGUGCGCCACAUCACCUUCAACUUCACCCUGGAGAACCAGGUCCACAACCACGGGGAGUACUUCAACGACAAGUUCAUCGGCCUGAAGAUGAAGUCCGUCUCCUUCGUGAACUCCCUGUUCGAGGAGUGCUACUUCGAGGAUGUCACCUCGAGCGACACUUUCUUCAAGAACUGCACGUUCAUCUCCUCCGUCUUCUACAACACAGACCUCUUCAAGUACAAGUUCCUCAACAGCCAGUUCAUCAACAGCACCUUCCUGCAUAACAAGGAGGGCUGCCAGCUGGACUUCAGCGACGACAACAACGCCUAUAUGAUCUACUUCGUCAGCUUCCUGGGCACGCUGGCGGUGCUGCCGGGCAACAUCGUCUCCGCCCUGCUGAUGGACAAGAUCGGGCGCCUGCGGAUGCUGGCCGGGUCCAGCGUCAUGUCCUGCAUCAGCUGCUUCUUCCUGUCCUUUGGCAACAGCGAGUCAGCCAUGAUCGCCCUCCUCUGCCUCUUCGGAGGGGUCAGCAUCGCCUCCUGGAACGCCCUGGACGUGCUCACGGUGGAGCUGUACCCCUCGGACAGGAGGACGACCGCCUUCGGCUUCCUCAACGCCCUGUGCAAGCUGGCGGCCGUGCUGGGCAUCAGCAUCUUCACGUCGUUCGUGGGCAUCACGAAGGCCGUGCCCAUCCUGCUGGCCUCGGCGGCCCUGGCCGUGGGCAGCUCGCUGGCCCUGAAACUGCCGGAGACGCGGGGGCAGGUUCUACAGUGAGAGCGCCGCCCCGGCCCCGCCGCCCCGCCCUGACCCACGUGGGGGAGAGUUUAGCGUCGUAGGCACUGUGACCGUCUUGUCGUCCCAUUUCAGCCAGAGAUCCACCUCCCGAUGGAUUUUCUUCCACACGCUCACUCGCUCUCGGAAACGCCUCCCGCCGGCUGGCCUCCCACCAUCCCCCCCAGGUACAUGUGAAUCCACGCCCCGGUGGAGGCAGGGGAAACCGAGGAGACGGCGGGGGCCGUGGUGUCUCCCUCUGCACCAGGUGAAUACAGAGGGUGAACCCCCUGGCACUGCCGGGCGUGACCCCCAUCGCCAGCCCCAGCUGGUCCCCCAGCACCCGGUAGCGGACGCGUCCUGUCGUUUCCCACCAACGUGUAAGCUUGUAAGAGUCCGCCGUCCUUGGAUGUUCCGCCGCUCCACACUGCAGCCCUGCCUUCCUCUGGGGUUCAUUCUCCGGGUUCCCCAAGGCACGCUUUGGUGUCCCUGCCAUGUCUGUAUGGAUCCACGCAAACGGGUGUCCGCCCGCCCGCUGUACGUGCACAACCCCUGUGCCCCGACGUCCGUGUCCGUUUGUGGGUGUGGCUUUGUUCGCUUGACAUUUCAGGUUUCCGGUGGGAUGUCCCACUGAGGAGGCGGCUCAGCUGCUCGUGCGGGCGCCGGGCGAGGGAGCCUCACGCUCCUGGUGGCAUGAGCAGCGGUGGGCACCUCAGUGUGUCUGCCCGCCCCCAGACUUUCAUGGUACCUCUGUGUCCUUUGCUGGCAGUGGAUCUGUUCUCUCGGGUUGGCAUUCUGGAGGCAGAAGUAACCUAAGAACUGACCUUUUCCUGGCCCGAGCCUCGGGGCGCACAGGCGAGAGCACAUGCAGGCAGAACCAUGAAUUUGCCACCUGGUUGGGCUGCCGGGUCCCAUUUUGGCCCAGCAGUUCCUGCACGGGCCGGCAGCAGCUCAGGCAGGGAUAAACUUAGUUUCAUGCUCCCCAUCCCAGCUGUUUUGGAGAGCAGCUCCCUCCGCCCCGGCCAAGAGCGCUGCCGGCUGCAGUUGCUGUCGGCUGUGCUUUGAAACAUCUUCGGCACCAGUCCGGGGGAGGCUGGCUUCCACUAUGCCCGGAUCGACGCACCUGGCUGUGGCAACACCUGCCUAUCACCUGGGCACAGGGACCGGAGGCGACAGAGCCCGCUUCCCAGAAACUUGCAAAAAUACCGUAAGUAGCACAAUACCCAGCUGGGAAUUUCUCGCAAGUGCCAAGACGGCAGCCUAGGAAACUUCCGGACAGAGAGCAUUUCCUUGUUAGGAGACGGAAGAGGCACCUGAAGAAGGGCCACACUGAUUUCAUACUUUGGGACCAAAAUGGGGAUCGCGCAGCCUUGGGGACCCUCAAGCAAGCACAUCUCGCUCGACCAGAGCAUGACUCCCCGACCUCUGCUGGUCCCAGGAGCUGCAGCCAAACCCCGCCAGCCCCACAGACUAGCCCUGCUGGCUCGGGAGAAGGGGAGACGCCACGGUCCCACACAUGCAAAGGCUCUGGUAGUUGGAGAAGCCCCUCCACCUGCUACGGAAUUCACCGCGACCCGGAGAGAAGCUCGUGGCAGGUGCAGGCCGGUGGUGGGCAGAGCAGAAUGCGAGGGGAGGGGCCAGAGGCAAAAGGGGUGGGGCAGAACGAGCAGAAGGCCGACUGCUGCCGGGGCUGGGCUCUCCUUCGGUUCAGAGACCUCCUGCCUUGUGACACCCGCCCUGUGGGACAGGCAUCAGCCCGUUGCCUCCAAGCUCCCUGGGGGCUCCUGCGGCAAGCUGUGGGCAAAGAAGGACCUUCAUCAGAACCUGCAGGACUGCUCUCCUCUCCUCUGCUCCUCUCCUGGAUGGAAGGUUUCGUGCAGGGCUCACUGCCCUUCCUUGAUGGGGGUCACAGCCAGCUUCCUGGGGGUUGGAGUGGCAGUUGGAUCUGGAUAAACCCCCCACCAGCAGCUCCUCCCAUGCACCUUGCUUAGAAGGAAGGACCUGGCCCGGUGCUGAGCCCUUCCUAGGCCUGGGUGUGGCCCCGUCGGUUCCUGGCGCCCCCGAGCAAUGCUGCGCCCCGUCAGGGUUGGUGGCAGCACAAAAUGCCCCCGUGGCAGGGAGUAGCAAAGACUGCCCUCGCCCUAUACCCAGAGACCCUGGGACCUGGCCGCCAGGAAGCCACCCUUUUCUGCCAAAAUCCGCAAGCCGAACUUUUGCCUGUACGAAAGAAAAGGAAGCGCUGCAGGCCAGAUGUGGGUCUUUUCAUGGGGAUUUUGAGCCGCGAGAGAGGGAAGUCCUUCAGGUUUGCUCCAGCCUGCCAAGAAGCGAUGAAUCCCUGAUGGGACCUGGGCGCAGACAUGGGUGCUGGCGGAAGGCAUCAUCGAGUAUCUUGGACCAAACUUUUUUAGAGUGCAUGUGAUUCCUCUCAGCCUAAAAAGCCGCAGGGCAGGAGCCCUUGGGCCUCGAGCGGUGUAGCCUUCCCUCUGGCAAGCUGUGUCCCAGGAUCCGCUUUCAUGCCCUGCACAGCCAGAAGUCUGUCCGUUUCUGUUGCAGUGGGAAGGCCUCAAAGCACAGGGCACGCGGUUCCCACAGUCCCUGCGCAUUUUUCUUUCCGAUAAAUAACGGGGCUUUUGGGCAGCCACUGGGAAAGCCGAGAUGUUUGUCUAGGUUGGGUUCACGUUCCCCUGACCCAGAGGGGCUCUGCUUACAUGCUCUAGGCUGAGAACGGGGUGUUAUUUACCCGCUUCCAAAUCUUGAUGCCUCUUGAAUGGAAAGUGCUCUUUAUGCCACCUUCUUGGAAAGAAAACAGAUCCGCAUCCAGUUGAACGUACCCAAGUCCGAUGCAGUCGGAACCCCCCCCCCAGCCCCCCGGCUCUUGGCCCCUUCCCAAAAUGUUUCCCUUUCUGACUUUGGUCCCUUACCCUCCUUUACGGUGUAGCUGUUCUUCUAAACAAAGCCAACAUACAAAUCAUACAUAAGUACCGUCUGUAUGCAAACAAAGAAACAAAGCAAACCUUGUGCUGUGCAGUAGUUUUUAGAUGUUUGUAAAGAACAAUUGAAAAAAAAAAUCAGGACAAAAAAAGUGUAACUUCAGUUGUGGUCUCCGGUUUGUUUCAUUUUGUAUAAAACAGAAGCCAAGAAUGCUGAUGGGAUAGGAGUUACUUUAAAUGUCAUGUUGAGAAAAGAGAAAUGGGGGAGACGCAAAGGUGCUGUGAAUGAUGAUGAUAUUCUAAUGUGUAAAAAGGCGGGUUGUGUGUGCAUUUAAGCAGGAAAAGGAAAACACUGAAGUCUGGUUCUGGCCACGCACAGUCUCUUUCCCCCGGGCAUUAUGAACGCAUAGCCAACAAAAGUCAAUGUAAAAAUAAAAAAAUUAAAAAAGUUUGAAAACUA